AUGGCAGCCACGGCGUCAGCGCCGCCUGCCCUCUCACCGGGCCAGGCGACGCUCGAUCAUGACGACAGCAACAUCUCCAGCCCUCUGAGCGACGUCGAGGACAAGGACGGCGGAGACUCCCUCGAUGGCAUGCAGCUCGAUCCGCCUCAGUCACACCACGACGAUGCGCUCGACUCCGACAGCAACCUGUCCGAGGCGAACGAUACCGAGGCGGAGACUGAGCGCCUCUACGACACCCCGCAGGCCCAGCGGCACAAGGACGUGGUCGUCAAUCAGUUCAACGACGGCCAGAUCUUUGAACGCACGCCUAGCAAGCUCCAAAAGACAUUUUCCGUCGACGGCGCCGACGAUGGCGACGACGACAGUCUUUCCGACCACGACGACGUGUCGAUGGCCUCCAGCCACGGUGACGAGGCGUCACCCAGCAAGCCCAAGAAGUCCACAGAGCUCCCCUCCGCCGAAGACAACCCUGAGAGCGCCGAUAACAAGAAGAGAAAACGGUCGCCGAUCGCGGAGUCAAGCGAGCCAGGGCAGCCUUCCAGGAAGCGCACCGGGUCAGUCGUGCCCCAGGACCAGGAACCACACAAGAAUGACGUGGAGAUGCACGAGGACGAGGUCCCAUCCACAAAUUCCCACAGCGGCGACCACUCUGCGACCGACGACAACGCCCCCGAGCUUCCACCGACCAAGCGUGGUCUGUCGCGCGACGGCCAGAGCCCGGUGAAGGACGCUCAAAUAACGAAAAAGAUUACCCGCAACGGCAGCAAGCGCAAAGGCAAUGCUGCCGAGGUUCAUGACCAUGAAGGCCAUGACGACGCCCGCGAUGAUAGCCGGGGUGACGAGGAUGCGGGGACUCACGAGGACGAUCACGCUGAACACGAGGGUGACGACGACGCGGAAGCGACACACGACGAAGAGCUCGAGAAGAAGCGUGCCGCUGUUGAGGAAUGGACAGAUUUGGAGGAGAAGUUUGUGUUUUUCCGCGAGCGACUGUACAAGGAUCGCCUAGAGCGCCUCGAGCAAGAGGAGCACUCCCUGCAAGCCGAACCUCCAUCCCAUCCCGAGUACCUCAACAUGAAGCAAUGCUUGGACGAGAGGCUCGAGAAGAAGUUGCUGCACAUGAACAAGGAGUACGAGUUGUCCGUCGAGGCGCUUGAACGACUAGCUGUGGCACGCCGCGCCCAGAUCUGGGACCAGUUCUACCAAGGCGUAAGGGAACAGCGCUCAAAGAUGCUAGAGGAUCUCAACAAGGAGUGGUACGAGACACAGAAUGCUAGACGUAGCGCGCAUAGCGUGCCAGACUACGGGCUUCUGUUCCCUACCAACCCGACCCAGCGCACCAGGAAUGCUGUCGCGUACAACUCGGAAGUUUCUUUCCUUGCAGGGCUUGCCAAGCACGAAGGUUUCCCUGCGAUGCCCGCCAUCCGCGGCGCCAACGCGAUGGAAGUCGAAGACGAUCUAGAGGCCAUGAAGCGCAGUUCAAAGCCUCGUCAAAGGUCAAUGAUGCAGCCUCUUGAGGACUAUCAAGCAGUUGCGUUCGGGGGUGCUCUUGGCCCUGCCGGCGAGCAAUUCAUUAAGGACACGCCUUGGGCAAACCCGAACCACAUUUCCCACAAGAUCAGCACAGGUCCUUCGGCGCAGGGGGCGCGGGUCAACAGCCCGUCGCAGAGCAAGACUCCAGCAGGCCCAUCGCAACCGCCGCCGUUAUCGAACGGCCACGCGGUCCCGCAGACGUCACCACACACGAGUCUGUUUCCUUCUGCAUCCCCAGAGAUGGUAAGGACAGCAAACGUUCUCACGCAGAGCGCUCAGAUGAAGCGCGCAGGAAGUCGGGCAUCGAAAGCGGCCAAGGACUCGGCGCCCAAACAGGAACCAGCGACAGCGGUGGCAAGUUGA